CAAAAAAUUAUAAAUCAGAAAAAUAAAAUGGUAUUGUGUUAUUAAAUCAAAAGUAAAAAAUAAUACUUCAUUGAAUAACUGUCGGACCUAUCCACAUCCCCCUUGCCACGCCACUGCAUGUUACGAACAAACUAAAUACUCCUUUAAAAAACUACAGAAACCCAAACUUUCUUUGUCUAUCUUAAUGCAUAUGCACGCCCAAGAAUAAUAGGGGUAUUCUCUAAGUCUUGAAAAACCCUUGAACGUUGCACGGUAGAACUGGCUUUCCUAUGGGAAAACUUUCCAAACUGUGCAGGGGUUAUACGGGAAUUCGAGAAUACCCCUAUUAUAUAUAAGCAUAGGAAAUAUUCAUAUUUUACACAUAAUUACUUACCUUAUCAGCUCAUUUGUCAAUGUUUCAUCGAAGAAAAUCCUAUAAGUUAGAUAAAAUUUGCGCACCUUUACCGCCUUUAUUGGCAAAAGGCAAGUAUUGGCUUAACGGUAAAAACAAAUGAACAUACAUACACACACACACAGAUACACGUAUAUACACAAAACCAGUAUGUAAUCUUUUCUAAAAAUAUUUGCGCAAAUACAUACGUACGUACAUAUGAACAAACAAAGCCAAGAAUUAAAGUCGAAAACAUAUAUACAUACAUACAUAUGUGCAUACUACAUAGAAAAUCAAAAGUUGCCCUACAAUUUCGGAUAAACUUAAUUUUUAGUUGAAAAAUAUCUUUGCCGCGUAACGCUUCGUAUCCUUAAAAUGUCGGUCAUGUUUGCUAGCAUUACAACGGUCGGUACAACCGUCGGGACGACUAUAACCUCAUAUUUACGAAACAGUACAUCAACGGUAUAUUCUGCCGGUAAUAAAAGUAUCGCGAUUACUACCGCUCUAACAACGUCCAGUAGCGAUAAUGUAACAGAAACUCCGUGGCUAUCCACAACGGUUGAACCAGCAGCUUCGGGUACUGUUAUCAUCACUGAUGAUUAUUGGUACUGGGGCAGUUUGUAUUACUUCUACAUUAUUUUAUUGCUAUUCUUGUGCUUCGGCUUGAUUUUGGCCGGUAUUACACGCAAUAAACGUUCAGCAGAGGCACAGAGAGGUAAUGAUAAUAUAUGUACAUACAUAUUUAUAUCGUACCUUUACUACAAGAGCGUCAAAGAAUUAAAAAUUUGAGAAUAACGGAAUUAAAGUUUACAGCCCCGUGAUAAAAAAUGAAGACACAUUUUCUUCUAAGGAGCUAUUAUUACUCGGUGCGCAUGUGUAUUUCAGCAUAAACUAGAAUAACUUUUUUUUGAUUACAUAUUACACUCUUGCAGUAAUGGUACGAUAUAUCGCUAACUUAAAGUGAAAAGUUGCUAAGUCCACUUUUUUUGAAAAGUCAUAUUUUGAAAUAGAAAGCAUGAGAAAUUAAAAAUGCGUUGUUUCGAAAAGGGUUAAGCUACUUUCGAAAAGAAUUAAGGUACUUUUAUUUUAUUAUUUCUCGUUUAUAUUCAAUGAAAGGUAAAUUUGCCAAGUCCAAAGGAAACACCAAAAAACCGACGAGGCCAAAAUAAUACGAAAUCUUUUAAUAAAGACCGAAUCUUUCUGAUUCGUAUGGAAUUGGCAUUUGCUUUAAAUACGCAAAAUUGUGUAUUCAAAGUUUUGCGAAAUACUUGAAGUGGCUAAAUGAAGUUUUCCAAAAAAAAGGGAACCUUUACUUCAAGUGCCCUAAGCCUUGCCUUAUUCAUGUCUAAUCCUUACUACUCAAUUGGUAAGGCUUUCGACUUACUUUAGUAAGGAUUAGAGAUAUGAUUUACUUAGGUAUAGUUUUUUUUUUUUGAGUUGCGAGUUGUAUCGUUAUUGUAGAGGACCAUCUAUAUGCACAACACAGAAAAGAAAAUCUACUUAAAUACCGCGCUUUGAUAAGUGAAUCGGCAUUUUUAACAAUAAUAAAGUCAAGUCUAGAGCGAAUCGUUUAUUUAUUUAUUUUCUAAUUUUUGUAAAUAAUUGAUUAUUUUUAACGCGAAAUAUCUUCAGUCACGGUAGUAGGUAAAAGGAAUUUCAUUUUACUGCAGAACAAUUUAAAAUCGUACGAGUCCUAUUUUUUUACUAUAUACAAUG